CCCUGCUAGUAUAACGUAUAACGUACGUGCUAUAAACAGCAUAAAAGAAACAUUUCCGCUGAACGAUGUACUGUACAAUAUUGUACAAAAUCACUGUUUUAGUCGCCUGCACUGCUGACAAAGUGCCAAACAUUAUGUUUGCAUUGCUUGUACAGAGACAUUGCUACUUUGUAUAGGCCUACUCUUAAAUAUUCGUUGUUGCUGUCGGGGAUACUUAGGAACUUAAGGAACCCCACACCUUCACACCCAGAAGACGUUCAAAGCCUCGAUCCCAUCCUCUUUCGGCUUGCCUGACUGCUGACAAAAUAGAAAAAAUGGCUUCUGGAUUCUGCCGAGAUGACACAUGCGAAGAAGACGGAUGCAAUCGGAGAAGCAAGCUUGUUUACUCCGUGUCAGAAAGGCGAAGGCUCUGCCAAGGGUGUGCCUCCGAGAAAGCUACUGGCCCAACGCAACAGAGCGAUGCAGCAUGGACGUGCAGAAAGCAUUGUGAACCUAUCAAGUUCUUCUGCGUGCAGCACAACGAGGUAAUCUGCCAAUCCUGUGCCACAGUAGCACACCAGAAACCAUGCGAUCUGAAAGAUGUGGAUGACGUCGUAACAGAGAACAGAGAGAAACUGGAUGACAUUCUACCAUCUAUAAAGAGCAGAGUACCAGUCUUGCAAAAGCACAUGAAAACCAAUCUAGUAACAUCUAAUGAUAUUCAUGACCAUUUUGAUACUGUUGAAACACAAAUUCGAGCUCACGUUGACGUCGAAAAGGAAGCGGAAAAGAACAAGGCGAAGGAGAAGAAUCUUGCAAUAACUGAAGCGGCAGAACGCAAGAUACGGGAAAUACACAAAGAGCGGGAUGAGCAGUUGAAACAUAGCAUGGAAGAGCUUGAAUUUCGAGAGCAGGAGGUCGACAAAAAGUUUAAUAUCUUGUUAGGUGAAUUGAAUGAAAUCAGAGGAGCAGUGGCAAAGGAAAUGGGAGGAAUAAUAGAGAAAUCAAAAUAUGUCUUGGAAAAGCUAAAUGAAUCGCUAGAAGGAAUUGAACAUGUCCUCAUGAGUGACCAAGAACUAUGCGUCCGAACAAAAGGCUUGCUUAGAGCAGCAAAUGAUGUACUGCAGACCGAUACAGAGACGACAUCAUUGCAGCGUGUUGCCACCACUGCUCUCGAAGUAAAGUUCUUUAAGAGACCAAGAGCUAAAGUUGGAGCCAAGAACCGAAUUGAUGGCUUCCGCGGAGGGUGGACAUUGGUAGACACUAUCGAUGUUCCACAGAGUGUUGAAUUGCCUGGUCUCGUCGGCUGUGUCGGAGAAGGAGCUGUAUCCAUACGGGAUAAACAAACAGGAGACCUGUACCUUACAAACUUAAAAACCAAAACAACUGAUAAGAUUGCUAAGGGUACAGUAGAUACAAUCGUAUCAUGCGUGUCCAUUGAUGACAAGACGACUCUUUGUGGGAAAGUCAGGAAAGGUGCAUUCAGCGAUUGCAUAGGCUUGUAUGAUGCCGACUGGCAACCAAUCAACGCACCAGACGGAUCACAGACCCAGGAGCUCGUACUUAAUACAAAACGAGUCUUUGUUGACGUCGACUCUACAGGAAUGAUCCUAGCGUCAGAUUUCAUGGCUUCAGACAUACACAUCAUAAGUCCUUCUGACCUAACAAGAGGUUUCCAAGAAAGUAUUGUCCAUACCGUACCAGUUAAAGAUAAGAGCACAGAAGGAUUUCGAUGCCUCUCAUCUGGAGACAUCGUUGUGAAAUCUGGGUAUGGAGGCUUGGCUGUAAUCGACAGAUCGGGCGAGGUUAAGAACUUCAUUCAAGAUUAUGAAUGGGGCUGUGCCGUGUUCAGCGUUGACUCCUUGACAGACGCCAUUUACGUCGUCCACAAGGAUUCAGAGAAGAUGAUGUACGCUGUAGACCAAGUCUGUGCCACAAGCGGUGGGGUCUUCAGGAAGAUCCUGGAGUACCCUAUGUCCGACAGCAAAAGAAACACCUCGACCCAAAGAUGCGCUGUGACCCCAGCAGGCAUUCUCAUCACAUUCAACGGCGACAGGUUAUUCUUGUUCAAGAAGUCUUUCAUUCCUUAAUUCAACAAAAAUCUGAGUGUUCUGAGACGGUUCAUGCAAAGUUGUAUAAUGACUGAAAACGCGUUAUUUAUUUAUGCAACUGAAUAAAAAGGUUAAGUUUAUUAUCAUAAACCGUGAAAUAUCAUGACGACUCUUUAUUUUCAUGGCGAACGUGCAGUAACAAACUCUCCAUAUCUUGCACAUACUGCACCCUUGUAUAAACGCUUGAAUAUUUUGAAUGUGAAAUCUCUGUAUUAUAUACAACUUGCUCAAUUUAUGUUUCUUUUCAAGAAAAAUCAGCUGCCAUGUAUUUUUAAUGAAAUGUUCGAUGUAAAUGCUGGCAUUCACUCUUAUGAAACAAAAAGUUCAAAUAAGUUUCAUUUGCCCUCUGUUAAAACAACUUUUCUUCAAAGGAACAUUUAUUUUAGUGGACAAUCACUAUGGAAUUUACUUCCCAAUGAUAUUGUCAGUUGCUCAUCACUUUAUCUUUCAAGUCAAAGUUGAAACAAUAUUUGAUUUUGUAUCCAACUCUUAAGAUUUAGUUUGUACGGUGUUUCUUACUAUUUUUUUCUCCCUAUUUUUUCCCCUUCUUUCCUGUAUAUCAUUCAUUUCCUCUAUAUAUUGUAUUUAUUGGUACCACCAACCCACUACUACUCACCCACACACAGAUUUGCAUGAAAUAUUUAUAUAUGUUUUUGUAUGUGUUUAUUGUUUAAUUAAAAAAAAAAAUGUAUUUUGAUAUUGUAAUUUUAAGCAGGGGGGGGGUGAUCCCCGAUAACCUCUGUGGUUUUUGAUCAUCCCUCUGCAGGUUCUUCUUUUGUUGUAAUGCUUUCAUAAUUGAUUGUAAUUUAUAUUGUCUUUUAUGAAUCUGUGGAAAUAAUAUAAAUUUAAAUUUAAAUUGAAUUAAAGCGCCAACACAAAUGCGCAAUUAGUGUACUUUAUAGGUUAUUUACCAAACAAACUAAACCUGCAAAAGCGUUCGAAAAGGCUGAGUUUAAAUGAAAAUGUGUCUUAUUACCGGAUUAUUAUCAUUUGAUUUGGUAUAGUUUAAAUUUCAAUCGAUGUUGUUGUUAUCUAAAACAUAAUCAAAUUAUUUAUUUAUAUCAAGAAAUGUUAUCUUUGCACAUCAAAAUUAUAUACACUAUCUGAUAGAAAUAAUUGUUACAAUAAUUUGAUCUAUAUUGUGUGAUAUUUUACAUUAAAUGCAUCAAUAAAAGAAUAUUACUAUAUUAUAUUCUUCGUGUGUUUUUAAAUGUUUGCCGAAAACCUUUUUUUUUUUUAUUAAUUCUGAUGUUCAAAUUUGAUAUGUGGACUUCAUUUCAUAUUUGUGAAAAGUAUAUGACUACUCAAAGCUACUUUAGUAGAUUUAUAAUGAGCAUGGAUAGAGAGCGUAAGAUUGACAGCAAUUUGUUAAUAAGCAUUUCUGUGGAGGGUUUAUGCAUGUUUUAAAUUUCUACAUUUGUACUUAGUGACCCCAAAUUAAUGUGUUGUCUGACAAUUUUACAAACCAUUUUUUAUACUUAUAGGAAUUUUCCUUUACACAUCUUUUAUUGAUAUUCCUUUUUCAAAUAAUUUAUUAUUUUCCUUUUAGCUCAUCAAUAUAGCAGUCAAACCCAGGUUCUUUUUCGAAUGUAAUCAUUUCAUAAAUUCUACACUGUUGCCCAUCAAGUUGGAAUACGUUUUUUUCUUACCCCUUUAAAUGGUAUGAUUGUGACAUUAGAUUUAUUCCAACUUUAUUAUAGGCCUAUAGUCUGACUUUCCAAAGUACAUACAGCGUGCGAUUACGUGUUUAUCGGUAUUGCAAUGACCUAAUGUUGGAUUUACUUUUGAACAAAAUUUGAAUAUUUGAAUUCGAGAUGAAUGACAUGUGUAAGCCUAUUAUUGCAGCUCCUAAUUCGUUUCUACCCCUUCUCCCUCUCUCUCUCUCUCUUUCUGCAUCUUAUCUCUCUUUCUCUCUGUCAUUGUCUCACUCGCUCUCUCUCUCUCUCUCUCCCUCCUACCCUCUCAUUCUCUCUUCCUUUUUUGCACAGAGGAAAUUACGGUAUUGUUAUUCAUUUUAGUUUACUACUGAUAUAUGAAUAUAUCAAUCAUGUUUUAAUCGUUUGUAACAUCGAUGGAAAACAUUUUUUCUGUAUUAAAGGCAUCGUUUAACAAUGUUAAAUCUAAG